AGGUGGCCUGCUGCCUCCACACACCUAUCGACUCAAAUUAGUACAUCUGCGCAACGACUCGCCAUUCAAAUAGUCGAUAAUCUUACGUCAGUUGUCCAUUCCCUCUCAUUUCUUAUUUAGCACAAAUGAAUAUUCUCCGACUACCCACAAAAGCACUUCGCUGCACACUUCAACACUGGCCGCUUCUAGAAAUAUUAACAUUUUCGUUGUUUUCAAAAAAGACGAAAAAUCUUUCUAAAUCUCUGCAUCGAAGCGCCUUAUCGAUUUCUGUGAAUGUUGAAGAGUUGAUUGAACUCAAAAUUCAAAUCGCUCGGCGUGAUACAAUCAACUUCAUCUUUUACACAAGCAGAUAUAGAGCCAAUCCCUACUAUGACCCCAAUGCGGGAGUUGUGUUAAUUGAUAAUCCAGAUGAAUAUAUAGGAAUCGUGGAUACAACUAAAAACAGUCGGAUUUGGAUGCACUUUCCGAAUAUGGGAAUACGAGAUUUUGUUGAUCACUUUUUCGAUGUCUUGAGUCUUUCAAAACUUGAUGAAUUUUCCAUAUCUAAGGACAACUACUGCACUCAAGAGUUUUGUGAUGAGUUCAAGGAACUCGACGUUCAAACUUUUGUGAGCCCCUUACAAAUGGACAACUCUUCGUUCUACCAGAAGAUCAUAAGAAUGUUUUCGAGUAGAAGUAAAAGGCUUGACUUCGGUCUUCCCACAUUCCCAUUUAAAACUCAUACAGCUCAAGAGUUCAUGUUUCAAAAUUUCAAUUUCUUCCAAAUCUUGUACAAAUGCAGUCUUGUAGAGGUUCUCUCCAUAAACAGUACUCUAAUAUAUGGUGAAGACCUUAUUGGCGUGAAUCAGUUGAACGUAUUCUUGAGGCAUUGGAUCAACGGAUCCAACCCAAGACUCGAGUACUUUCAAUUUUAUGUGUAUUUACAGACAAGUUUGGAGGACUUGUUCUCGAUAAUCUUUAACAAGGUGAAUUAUCAAAGACAGCCAGAUAGCCUUUUGAGGGCGUUUUGCCUAUCAGUUCAAGGAUAUGAUGAUUUGAUAUACAACCUAAAAAAGAUCAAAGGAGGAAUGGAUAUCGAGAGAACAGAUGGAGCAAGAGCAACUGUAAAGAUCAACGGUGUAGGGCACAAUCACUUUGUUCAAUUCUUCAAAUGGGAUAACAACUAAAGUUUAACAACAUUCAUGUAAUUCUGCAUUUUUCGUGUACUUUAUUUAAUGCAUUUUCUGAGAUUUUUGUUUAAUAAGCUACUUGUUUAAUAAACU